UGAGAACGCCUAUACAAUUUUUACUGUUUUCAGUCGUCAUGUUUGGACAGACUAAUUUUCGAAAAUUCGUCAAAGCUGCGAUAGUUGGGGAAGUGGUUCUCUGUUUGGGAGCGUACAGAGUUUGGCAUCAGAUGAACACUAGCAGAGGUACGGGUAAUGCUUGUAACAAUGAUCUGAAAAGCGUUGGUCAAUACACAAAACUCUGAGAAGUUGUGGCAGUCGUCCCUGCAUGGCCGGCCGCAGUAUUCCCUUACUGGUUGAUCAUGAAAAUUGAUGAAUUUUGUAGCGAGCCCAUGCUACGGAGAAAAGGAAAUGCUACCUUUUCUCACGAAAAACCUUUUAUCCCAGCGAAAUCCACAAUGCACCAGUCAUUUGAAACCCUUGGACCCCCCCCCCACCCCCCCCCCCCCCCCCCCACCCCACCCCACACACACACACACUUCCCUUCUCGGGUAUGACUGGUGCAUUCACUUUUAUGCAAGUGAAAGUAUGUCCCUGGGGCUAAAGUGAAUGGUGAACCCUUCUUGCCUUUAUAUGUACCCACACACAGCACUUCAUAUGUCAACUAGCAGCUAUUGUGACAUGUAAAACCCCCAAUGAAGGUUUCAAAUGAGUCAGUGAGCCACCUUAACCCUAACCCUAGCCUGAGUCAUACCACUUAUAAAACAGGGUUUCUCAGUCAGGUUCCAUGCAUCUUCUCCGUACUGCGCUUUUCAAAAACAUGCAAACUCUGACACUCACAAUUACGUUUUUUGCCGCCGUCAAUCAUACAAUGUAAUUAUGAUCACAAGCAACAAACUUUGAAACACAGAAACACACAAAUGGAUCAAAAUCCACCAAUCUCAAAUCACAAACCAUGACCUGUUGAACCCCUUGAAGUAAACUUUUGUGUCCUAAGGGGUCCGCUAAGGUGAUCAACAGCAGUGAAAAAAACAAACGUCAGUUGUAAAUUUUGUAAAUUUGUACAAAUUGUAAAAAUUGUAAAAAAAAAAAAUUGUAAAUUGUAAUUUGUUUACCCACGGAUCACUAAGGAGUUCAUAAGAACUCGUUGAAACGUGUCCGUGCGUUCCAGAUCGAAUUGGAAUUUGAAAGUGUUGGUUUUUAAGGAGAGGGGAAAACCGGACUACCCGGAGAAAAACCUCUCGGAGCAAGGGAGAGAACCAACAACAAACUCAAGCCCCAUAUGGCGUCGACACCACGAUUCAAACCCGGGCCACAUUGGUGGGAGGCGAGCGCUCUCACCACUGCGCCACCCUUGAACUUCAGAAUUUGCAUCUUUAUGAAAAGCACAGUAAACCAGAUUUGCUUUUCUCUUCGUACCUCAGAUGCUGCAUCUUUACAUCAGGUGGCUCGUCCCUCCCUCCCUCCCUUCUCCCUGUUUAUAUCAUGGACCCAUCCCUGAUUAGCCUUUUGAUAUUCCUUUUAUGGUUUAGAGAUCCUGAUAAUUUGUUUUCUUUGCAUGUUACAGAUUAUAGAAAGUGGAUGAAUGAAAAUUACCCAUCCAUACUAGAAGGUAAAUAUGGGGACUCCACCUAUAAGAAAGAAUGACUACAGAGUCUAGCACCAUCAAGGGGUGUUUGGUAGAUUUGGUGAGCAUUAUGGUUUAUGAGUCCUCAUCAAACUCAACUAAGUAACAUACAGCGUGGUCUUGGUUGCCUUGGUUCAUGGUCUUGGUUCAGAAUCAUAUCCACUCUGUGUCUUGGGUAUGAACCAAGUUGUUGGAGAGGUUCAUUUGACUUUUUGGCUACCUCACUGAAUAUCCUUUAUCAUAAGAGCUAGGAAAACAUUAAUGUUGUUCUCCUCACACACCACUCACUGUGAUGUGUAAUCUUUCAUUUUUCUAUUUUCUCUUUUCAGCCUUUUACAAAACAGCAGAGAUAGGUGGUUACAGUGGAGCACGUGAGGCUGAUGCAGAGGCCUGGGCCAAAUAAACACCAAGUUGCUUGACUCUGGAGAUGAGGAAGCUGUUCACUCAUCACCUGCCAGCAGCGUCUACAUUUUAUCAAAUAUAGAAGAGUUUCAUUGAAAGAGGAGUGAGUGAAAACUGAAACGGCAAAAACACUCAGUACCUAGGCAGUACUAAAUUGCAAACAGUCCCUUUUCAGUCACUUGCGUCAAGGCUUACCAGAACUGGAGACAGAGCACACUUGUGUCUUGUUCACUCACUUGUAGAUUGCAUGUAUAAUAAUCA